AUGGCUCAGAAUAGUCAUUAUGUGCACUGGACUCUUACUGAGGAGGAUACAGGUGUGGUGACCCACCUUUUCAUGGGUCAUCUCGAUUUAGUGAGGCUACUACAUUCGUACUACUGGAUAAUCGGUAUCGACUCCACGUACAAGACGAACAAGUACAAGCUGCCUUUUUUUGAGAUUAUUGGAAUGACUCCUUCCAACAAGAACUUCAUAAUUGCAGAUGCAAUUAUGAAGGAUGAGACUGAGAGGAGCUACAGAUGGGUGUUGGAGAGACUGAGGUGCUUGAUUGGGGAACAUAUUCAUCUGAGUGCUAUUCUUACUGAUAAGGAACUGGGGCAGAUCAGACCAGUGUCAGAGGUUUUCCCACGUUCUUCUCAUCGACUAUGUAUAUGGCACAUAAAUAAGGAUGUAGAAGAUAGAGUGUACAGAAUAAGUGGGAAAAACAAAGAAUUUGCUGAAAUUUUCAAGAAUAGGUUGAUACAGUACAUUGAGGGGACUUGGUUGGUGCACAGAGAGAAGUUCGUAUCUUACUGGACAAACUUAGUCCUACAUUUUGGAAACACCACCACGUGUAGAGUGGAGAGCGCACAUACGCAGCUAAAGCAGUUGCUCAACUCUAGCACCGGUACUCUGGACACAGUAUGGACGAAGGUCGACAAAGUUAUAGAGUCGCAGCUGAUAGAUAUCCGCAAAACACUUGAGGACUCCCGACGGACUAUAGGCAUCCAUCGACGCGGUUUUCCAUUUGAUAAGCUCUCCUGCAGAGUGUCUCAUUACUGUCUGGAUUUAAUAUCGAAAGAACUAAGGCGUAUGCGAGGAUUGAGUACUGAUGUCUAUGAUCGUUGUGGUUGUGUGCUUAGAUCAACACAUCAGAUUCCCUGUGCAUGUGAGCUGCGAGCAAUGGUAGAUUCAGGUAACCCGAUCAGUCUGGAUAGUAUGUACCCGUUUUGGAUGAAACUUGUUAUUCUCGGGGAUGGGAUGGACACAUCUGCACAGGCUGAUUAUGCUAGUUUUCGGUCGGAGGAACAUCAGUAUUUUCACGAGAUCGCUGAGGAGGUCAUGACUAAGGAUCCUUUAAUGUUGCGUGAUAUUUCUCGUAUUGUUCGAGAGCGACUUCACCCCGAAGACUUAGGCUAUAGGGAACCAGAAGUGAAGAACAAUGUCAAAGGUCGACCAAAGGGGAGCAAAUCAACCAAGCGAGAUCCGAGUCGUCAUGAGUACAAGGACCGUGUACGUGGUCGUCUUAAGUCUUCCCAAGGUCAGCAAAACCCUGCUUCCACGUCAGCUAGUUCGCAAAAUGCGGAGGUUAUUCCAAGAUUCAUUUUUCCAUUUGUUGAAGAACUUGUGGACGUGUGUGGGGACGGCAACUGUGGAUUCCGCGUCGUGGCGGACUACAUAUAUGGUGACCAGGAGAUGUGGGGACUGACUAGAAUGAACAUUGCAAACGAACUUUCUGCCCACCCUUUGCGAUAUGACGGUCUUUGCGUUGAUGGGUUAGAAGCAGCCAUUACACGUAUUAAUUGGGAAGGGGAAUCCUGCGGCCCUCGCAACUGGAUGCAGGUAUGGGAUGACUUGUACCCUAUUGCCACUCUCUUCAAUAAAGCUGUUAUUUACAUACAAGGCGGGACGCUACCAGAGACGCGGUUCGGUUCCUGUUCCUAUACUGUUCUGUCUUUGCAUUCCUCUGAGGUCCACUCACGAUCAUCGAAAGAGAUAGUGAUACUAUAUAUUAGUGGACGCUCUCACUUUGUUAGGUUGAAUUUACAGGAUAAUUUUCAUGUCCCACCAAUUACCUCCAUGUGGUUCAACCACAGGGACCGUACUGUUAUGUCUUGGGAUACUUUAUAUGGUAGUAGGAGAGAUUAA